AUGUCUUCUGAAUUUCUCCGUCCAUAUACAAGAAUCUUCGAUGAUGUUGUUAGUGGAAUGGAGAAACCUGGUGUUCCUGUGAGUAACUCACUGUUCAGUAACACCGGUCAAUUCACUCAUAAUCUCAUUGAAUUCAUUUCUCAAUUGAGUCAAAAUUUCGUCAACGGCAACAUAGGGAUAGCCAUUGCAUGCGAAAGUGGUGCCGACUUCCUUCCCGUUUUCCAUCCAGUAUUGAAUGAAGCUUAUAACAUCCAUGAAUUCAAGGCUUAUUUACCAUCAUCAACAAAUAACUACAAUUUGAAUGCCCUCGCAAAUGAAUAUGCAAGCGCGCUCCCCUGCACUUCUCUAAUUCUCCACUCUCUCACUGCAGAGACGUUCUCGAAUGUUCGUUCAUUACGAAUAGUUUCGCAGAAGAAAGAAGGUCAGAUGGAUCAAAGAAGUCGUCGUUGGCCAACAAUCCGCACGAAAAUCGUUGAAGAAAGAAGAACAAGUCAGUCUACGAUGUCUGCGUUAUUCUACGAAGUCUACGUCGAUUCUACGAUGUCUGCGUUAUUCUACGAUGUCUACGUCCAAUUUUCUACGAUGUCUGCAUUAUUCUACGAUGUCUAA